AUGGCCACCAGGCGUUUAACCGACGCUUUCUUGUUGUUGCGGAAUAAUUCCAUCCAAAACCGGCAGCUGUUAGCCGAGCAAGUGAGUAGUCACACCACCUCCAGCCCUCUGCAUUCACGUAGCAUUGCUGCGGAGCUGGAUGAGCUUGCUGAUGACCGCAUGGCUCUGGUGUCAGGCCUGAGUUUAGACCCAGAAGCAGCCAUUGGUGUGACAAAGCGGUUACCCCCAAAAUGGGUGGAUGGAGUGGACGAAAUCCAGUAUGACGUCGGCCGGAUCAAACAAAAGAUGAAAGAAUUAGCCAGCCUUCACGACAAAUAUUUAAACAGACCCACCCUGGACGACAGCCGUGAGGAGGAGCACGCCAUUGAGAUCACCACGCAAGAGAUCACGCAGCUCUUCCACAGGUGCCAGAGGGCGGUGCAGACCCUGCCUAGCAGGGCGCAUAGGAGCUGCUCGGAGCAGGAGGCGCGGCUCCUCCGCAACGUGGUGACUGCCCUGGCGCAGAUCCUGCAGGGGCUGUCCACCAGCUUCCGGCACGCACAGUCCGGCUACCUCAGACGCAUGAAGAGCCGAGAGGAAAGAUCCCAGCACUUUUUUGCUACAUCAGUACCACUAGUGGAUGAUGGAGAGGAUCAUACUCUGUAUGACCGGGGUCUGACCGACGAGCAGCUGAUACUGGUGGAACAGAACACGCUGCUGGUGGAGGAGCGUGAGAGGGACAUCCUCCAGAUGGUGCGGUCCAUCGCGGACCUCAGCGACAUCUUCAGGAACCUGGGGGCGAUGAUCGUGGAGCAGGGUACGGUCCUUGACAGAAUUGACUACAACAUUGAGCAGUCCUGUAUCAAAACCGAAGAUGGCUUGAAGCAGCUUCACAAGGCAGAACGGUAUCAGAAGAAGAACCGGAAGAUGCUUGUGAUCCUAAUAUUGUUUGUCCUCAUCAUCAUCCUCAUCGUGAUCCUCGUCAGCGUGAAGUCCAGCUAA